CCUGUCCGCCUCGACCACAGCUUCCAGCCAGGACAGGACGGUGAUACCCUGGGGAAUACACAUCUACAGCUACCAAUUGAUUAGGAUUCAAAGAAUCCUACCCACCAUCACUAUGGACAUGCGCGCCCUAUCCCGCAGCCUCCUCCGGUCGAGGCCAACAACAUCGAUCCUCUACAAGAACCAGCUCCCAGCAGCACGAAUUGGCCUGCGCUUCUCCUCGGAAUCUUCCUCCCCAUCCAACAAGAACAACAACACCACACAAUCCCCUGCCCGCCAAACACAACAACCCUCCUCUACCUCCACACCAACCCAAAAACCCACCGACUUCGACCAAAUCCUCAACAAGCUCAACUUCAACAACACCAACACCACCGCCACUCCCACCCCCGCUGCUGCCUCCGGCACCACCACUACCCGCGCCUUCAACGACAGCCUCUCCCUCUCCCGCGCGGUAGGCCUCUCCGCCGAGACCGACAGCCUGCGGACCGCUACAUCCCUGCGCAAGAUCGAUCUGAAGCUUGGUCCGACGCUGGGAAGACAGGUGACGGUUGAGCCGGAACGGGGGAUGGAUUUGCCUGCGGCGUUGAGGUCCCUGGGCACGGUUAUCUCGCAGAAUAAGAUGAGGCAGUCGUUGGCGAAGCAGAAGUUUCAUGUUAGGAAGGGUAUGGUUAGGAAGCAGUUGCGCAUGAAGCGGUGGAGGAACUUGUUCAAGUAUUCGUUUGGGGCGACGGUUAAGAGGAUUCAGAAGAUUAGAGGGCAGGGGUGGUAGAUUAUUGUUAUCCCCGGAGGGGUUUGUAUAGAAGGGAUGGGGUGGGAUAAAAGGGUCAUAUUAUUGUGUAUUAUACUAUGUGUUUUGCUGCAUGUCUUUGUGUUUUGAUUGGUUUUAUAUGUGUCUUGAAUCUACAUGAAUGGUAGUAUAUCUGCAUCUUGCGUCUGCAUCUGGCUUUUGUUUGUAUCUCCGUCUACCCAGGCAAAGUCGUCAGCAUCAAUCAUACAUCUAUAUAUACACUCAUCAAUCCCUCUUCCCACUCAUAUACCCUCCAUACCCAUACCCUCCUACACUACUACCACCACCAGUUCCUCCCACAGCAGCAGGCGAAUACCCUCCAUACCCAUUCAUCCUCAC